GGGCGGAGCGACGUCCUUUCCGGAUAUGGGGAAACACCGAGAGCUCCGGGAAUUUCCCUGGCGCAGGGCUCGGGCUUUUCCAGCCACUAUGCAUAAAAAGGGCUCUCGGGGCCCCAGAACCCCAGAUCGUGCCUCAGUGUCUCCAGCCAGCUCCUACACUCCAGACUCCAGCUACACUCCUUUCUCAGCGCCAUGGCCCCAGCCACCCGUCCACUCUUCUGUGCCGCUCUGCUGCUGCUGCUGCUGCUGGCCACCAGCCGCCAGGCUACAGGGGCGCCCGUCGCUAACGAGCUGCGCUGUCAGUGCCUGCAGACCAUGGCAGGGGUUCACCUGAAGAACAUCCAGAGCUUGAAGGUGACGCCCCCAGGACCCCACUGCACCCAAACCGAAGUCAUUGCCACUCUCAAGGACGGUCGCGAAGCUUGCCUUAACCCCGAAGCCCCCGUGGUUCAGAAGAUUGUCCAAAAGAUGCUAAAGACGGUUAUCCCCAAGUGACAGAGAAAGAAGUAAGAUUGUCACGGUGGCGCCUGUGAAUGCUGGCUUCUGACAAGACUGGCUUAACACACUUCGUGGUUUCUUAUGAGACUCCUAUUUAUUUAUGUAUUUAUUUAUUUCACAAAGCUUGUGCAUUUUUAUUUUACAUUAAUAUUUAACGAUGUGGAUGUGUUUCAUCAAUGGUAGUUCAGUUCUGAUUGUUCAGUUUGAAGAUGGUAGGCUUAAAAUAUCUCAUUAAACUAAUAUUUAUUGGGAGACCAUUAAGUGUCAACCACUGUGAAAGAAGGGUAUGGGGUGGGAAAAAAAGGUAGAGAGAUGAGAGCAUUUGAUCAUGUUUUGUAUUAGAUGAGAGAAUGUGUGGGAAUCUAUGUUUGUAUGUUUUAAAAAGAAUGUCGGUUAUUUAUUGAAAGUCAUCUUUCAUAUUAAUGGUCAACAUUGAUGUGUUGAAGCUUCCCUUGGACAUUUUAUGUCUAGUGUGUAGGGCAUAAUGCCCUGUUAUAUUCUUUAACCAAUGUUUCUCUUUGUCUUGUGACAGAGAAGUUCAAAGGACUGU